CUAAUAGUAUAUAUAGACCUCAAGUUUACGUUAAUUAUCGAUCAAAAAAUUAGACAAAUUUGCAAAUGGCUAGAGCUACAACAUCCACCUUCUUCAUUUUGACAAUAAUGUUAGUAGUUUUUCUGAAUAGUUCAGCUCCUGCAGUUGCCGUUGAUGAAACAUGUAAGAUGACCGGGGAAUUUUGCGGAGGCAUCGUCGGAUUUCAAUGUUGUGACGGAUUAGAGUGCAUACUCGACGGUGAUUACGCCGAUGCAGGUGGAGAAUGUAAGCCAACAUGUCCGGUGGCCGGCGAAUUUUGCGGUGGUAUUGCUGGAAUUCAAUGUUGUAAAGGACUUACAUGUGUGCUUGAGGGUGAUUUUCCGGAUGCUGGUGGAAAAUGUACCAAGGGAACUCAUUACAAGAAAUCAAGAUAUUAAGAAAGCCAAAUUAAACUUGUUUAAGUUAAAUCUAGUUCUAUUUGCUAAUUAACUAUAUAUUGAUAUGAUGUACUCCGUACGACUUCAUGAUCCAGAUAACUUUACUCAAUAAACGAGGGAAUGGGAUGUUAUCCCUACAAAA